GGAACCAGUUAGGGGACGCGUCCGAGGUGCUAGCUUGGGCUGACAGUUCAUUAGGACUCAGCUCCCUCCGGUAUACAAGCUGCGUUCUAUCCAUGAGGCGGGAUCUAGAGGCGAGUUCUCGGCCGUCGGGGUGAGAUGCAGUAGACAUGAACGCGGAGAGAGGAGUGCAAUAUCUGAAGCCAGCAGCAUAGACGGAAGCUUUUAUUCGCCGCUAGCUCCUAUCCAUACCCCUCUCUUUAUUCGAGCGUUGGCUGGGACAAACAUCCCCCCUUCUGAAAGCUGCGCAUAAGAUAAGAUUGCGAAAGAUUGCGAACUGUGGUCUCUGCCGAGCAAUCGUCUCGAUUCGCUUGUCAAAUUUUUAUCGAUCCUUCGUUUAUUGCACCUCAACCUCGCCAUGAGCGUCCGUCUUCCCCCGAUUCCUUCUGGAAACCACUCCGACUCUGGUUCUUGCUCAUCAUCGUCCUCCUCUGACGGCGAGGAAGAGACAUGGGACGACUGGGUCUCCGAGUCGGGUGCGGGCCCUUGCAAAUCCCUUUUCGACGAGACGGUGCUGGAGAGUGCCAAAUCUGCUGGAGAGCACGAUAAGGUCACACACGGUGUAGACCUCGACGCGCUAUGCGCGCGUUUCAAGCUGGAUACUUACCAACGAAUUCGUUUCAUCAACUACAUGAGGAAAACGAAGCCCAGCCCUGCCGAUGUCCUGGCUUUGACCGGAUCGGAAGCCUUGUUUACCUCGGACGAGUAUCUCCAGCCUGUCAUCGAAGAUGACCCUCUUCUGCAAAUCGAACCCGAAGACUGGUCUGACUCGGAUGCCGAGUCGUCCACAGAUCCCGUCAAGCGCAUUCGAGCGCUCGAACGGAAGCUGGCCGCCGCACAGCAAGAUCUCAUCGACUAUCGCCAGCUCGUCAGCAAGCAGCUCGAUGUGCCAGCCUUGAUCGCCGCUGUAAAUGAACCUACUGCUGCUGGAAAGGCACCGACGCGGGAUGACGAUUCGCAUUACUUCCAGAGCUAUGCCGAGAACGCCCGUGCAGGGGCCAAACGUGUCUUUGCCGUGGAUGCCAGCGACGUCGCUGAAAAGGCCGACCGCAUCGUUCACGAGAAUGGCAUGGAGCAUAUCAUCAAGGUGGUGCGCGGAAAGAUCGAGGAUGUCGUCCUCCCUUUCGAUGAUGGCGAGGAGCAGAAGGUGGAUAUCAUCGUGUCGGAAUGGAUGGGUUACGCGCUGCUGUAUGAGAGCAUGCUCGAUUCGGUUUUGGUCGCCAGAGAUCGGUUCCUGAAGCCCGGUGGUGUGCUGGCUCCAAGCCAGAUGCGGAUGAUGUUUGCGUUAUGUGAUGGCAGUGAUAUAGUUAAGGAGCGGAUCAAGUAUUGGGACGAUGUUUAUGGCUUUGAUUUGUCCCCGAUGGCAGAGCAUGUUGCGGAUGAGGCCAUCGUCGAUGUUGUUGGUCCCGAAACCACGUUGAGCGUCCCGUAUUGCGACCUCUACCUACAAAACAUCACACCGCGAAAUCUGUCCUUUGUCUCCCCAUUCACUCUCACCUGCACCUCCAUCCGGCGCACGAAAAUCACGUCGUUCAUCCUCUACUUCGACACGUUCUUCGCGCCAGACGGUCAGCCCAUUUCCGAGAACGAGGAAGUCCGGGUCGUCAAGACCGGUGAGGCCAUGGUGACGGACGUGUGGCCUGUUGGCGGUCGCCCUGCUCCAAUGCGCCGGGCAAGCUCGCAAUUCAGCCCUGAUGGUGAACCCAAGCCGCUCAAAAUAACAAGUUUCAGCACCGGGCCACAGAGUGUACCGACGCACUGGAAGCAAACGCUCUUCUUGCUGCGUGAUCCCAUUGUUGCAGAGGAGGGAUCUGUGGUUACCGGCCAUUUCCACUGCAAGAAAAGCGACGCAAACUCCCGCGAGCUGGAUGUUGAAAUCCAUUACGCUGUUCGUUCUCCGGAUGCCGAACAGCCAGGAGAUACAGUCGUCCAGAUGUACAAAGUCCGGUAAUUUGGCACCAGAGGUAUCUGUCACAUAUGUAUCUAUGGACCCGAUGGUGUCGAUUUUCGAUCUACUUGGAACUCUGCCCCUGCACCAUGAUCUAUAAUGGCCUAUUCUCCGCAUCUCUCCAUCUCAUUGAUUCGGCUACAUGCCGGCUCUAUGCAUGUCAGAGGCGACAUGUGUGAUGUACAUGACAAAACCAACGUAUUCCUCCGGUGCAACAUCUAGAACUCGCAGGAACGGUUCUACGAGAACAAAAAAAUGCAUAAUAAUUACAAUUGCGAUGCCAAUGCUCGGAUUAUAUAACAUAUCGAUAACCAUAACUCCCGCCCUCGACGUCUACUCCCCUCGACUCGAUUGCCCGACCUUGCCAUCUGCACUAGCUUCAGGUGGGACAUCCUCCGAUACCGCCAUGAUCCCCGGCCGUCCAACGCUCAGUGCCAAAGACCACAUCAGGAUCUCCCACGUAUUUUCGAUGACUUCCCAGAGCGGGUCGUCAUCGAUCCCGAGUACAGUCGCAUUGCUCCACAGCCCGUGGACAUCCAUGGCAUGCUUUAGCAGUGCCUGCGACGUAUACGUCUGUGCGAGCAGCGUAGCCUGCGCCCGAGUGCUGCUUGCCGCAUUGACAGUGGCGGACAUCGGUCCAGGCGGCAGGAGAGCUUUGGACAGGUUGUCGGCGCGUUUGGUGUAGAGGAAUGAUAGCAAUUGGGGAAAAGUCGACGGCGAUGGUAGGCGGAGGGGCUGGACGGGCACCCGCACCCGCGAUGGAUCUAGUGUUCCGCUCUCAGAGUCGACGACGUGCGCCGGGACAGGCGGCGUCGGUGGUAGUGUGGGGAUCCGCGAGCAGUACAGUGCAAGAACGUUGGUAUGUGCGGGAAGUAAAACGACUUGCGUCGCCGUCGUCGAUGGUGAUGUGGAUGGCGUCCGAUAGACAGCCAACAGCACCGUUGGUGGCGGGUAGUCUGAGCCCUGAUCGUUAAGACGUAGGACCAUGUCCGGCACUAGGGUCGUUUUGGACAUAUCUUCAACACUUGCACUAGCAACUGUCCGGAGAAGCCUGCGAUAGGGUUCAGCCUCUUGCCUACUUCGCCAAGGAGAGAAACACGAACCCCGGUCCAAGUUCCUUCAUCACAUCUCGAAUAUAUGCCAACUGCCCUGGCUCAAGAGUCGUGCCUUCCGUUCCCUCACUGGCGAACUCGGGUGCAACGCUGAGCAGCAGUUCCGCAUUCACGCCCAGUUCAUCUUCCGCUAUGUCACGCCGGGCCAAGAAUCGUGGCAGAUGGAACGACCGUAUUUUACUACUGGAGGCGGCCGUGUCCUCAGCGUCGACGUCAGCAGGCCCUGGAGGUAAGUCGAACUCCAACACAGCUGGCUUCGUUCUGUUCUUCUUCUUCCCCUUUCCGUCUUUGCCCGCCGCAUCCUUUGCUGCCUUCCGUGUCGCCUUCCUCUCCCUCGCCGCCUUGACCCGCUUCGCUCUUUCCGGAUCCCGAUCCCGGAGACCCGCCCGCAGUCGGUCGUGGAAUGACGAGGAGGAGUACUGAUGAGAUUUGGUGAAGGUGGUCGAUGGUUUCUGUGCGGAGGAUGACGCAGGGAACGGGGCAGCAUUCUCGCGCGCGUGCCGCGUUUGUCUCGGUUGCAAUGCGGGAGGCAUCUUGUGCGUCGGUGGGGAGAGUUUAGAUGUGGUGAGUGGGGGGAAAGAACAGAGGAAGUUGUUGGACAAGCGUUCGCCAACGCAAGCACAUAAUAAGGAUCGUGACCGGAACGGGGGCUGCUCAAAAGUGCGCGCAGGGAACCAAUCCUCCCGCCAGAGCCAAUCCAAAAGUUGCCAUUUUGGAAAAGUUGCUACAUUUGGACAUGCCUUUGUGUGGUGUUGCUAUGAUGGUUGAUCGGAGUUCUCCGAUGUGCGAAGGAUUGAAGUUCGGGAGGAAGGGCAAGGGUCGCAAUUCUUGAAAGGUGUCCGUAACCGACGGGAUUAAAUCUAAAUGGGAGAUCAACGCUGAUCUUAUUUCAUGACACCGUCUUGACUGAGGGAAUAGUCGGUCUCUCAAAUUUCAUGAUAAACUAAUC